UGCCUGCCUCUUCAACUUGUCUCCAGAGUCCAGAACCGCCAGCCGCCGGCCCACUUGCUCCCGAGGGCCGUUCGCCGCCGCCGCCGCUGCCGCUGCCGCUGACUUCUCCUGAGGAGCUAACUGCCUAGGCCGCUUCCCUUGCAGCGCCGCGCCGAGGAGCGGGGGAGACCGAAAUUGGCGCGCCUUCGCCGCGCUGCCGCCUCGCCGAUUCGACCGACACGUUCCUCUCCCGUUCGGGCAGGCAGGUGCCGAUCCCGCGCGCCGGCCUGCGCGGGCGCGGCGGCGCGAGGCGUGAUGUGCAGCGGAUCGGAGCGCGGGCGUGAUCGCGUCUCCGCCGAGUAGAGGCCGGUGAGGCCCGCGGGUGCCGGUGUGCCAGGAGGGUGGGUGGGUGGGGUUGUUGCGCGUGCUGGCGUGCUGCUGCGGACUUGACGAUGUACAUAGCGCGGGAGACUUCCAAGGUGUGGAGGAAGGUGGCCACGGAGGUAUCGGUGGAGCUGCAGCUCCUGCGCGAGAAGUGGGGGCUCCUUCUCGCCGGUCUGAUCUUUCAGUAUAUUCAUGGAUUAGCUGCUCGAGGAGUGCAUUAUUUGCAUCGACCUGGACCACUGCUCCAGGACUUGGGAUUUAUGGCCCUUCCAGAGCUCGGGCAAGACAAAGGUUAUCUUAGUGAGACUAUAUUUUCUUCCAUCUUCAUCUCCUUUGUGUUGUGGACAUUCCAUCCUUUUAUUUAUCACAGCAAACGUUUCUAUACUGUCCUAAUCUGGCGCAGGGUGCUUGCUUUUUUAGUUGCUUCACAAUUUUUAAGGAUUAUUACAUUCUAUUCGACCCAGCUCCCAGGUCCAAAUUAUCAUUGUCGUGAGGGCUCAAAACUGGCAACUCUUCCACCACCCAAUAGUGUACUUGAAGUGCUCCUGAUUAACUUUCCUCGUGGGGUACUUUUUGGUUGUGGUGAUUUGAUAUUUUCAUCUCACAUGAUUUUCACUCUGGUUUUCGUUCGAACUUACCAAAAAUAUGGUUCGAAAAGGUUUAUUAAGUUCCUUGCUUGGUUCAUGGCUAUAAUUCAGAGUCUCCUUAUAAUUGCUUCUCGCAAGCACUACUCGGUCGAUGUUGUUGUUGCGUGGUACACUGUAAACUUAGUAGUAUUCUUUGUCGACAACAAGCUGCCAGAAAUGCCGGAUCGGACGAGUGGACUACAUUUGCUUCCAUUAAGCUCCAAAGAAAAAGAGGGCAGGCAGAAGGAGGAGAAAGACAGUAAACUGAAGGACGAGUUCCACAAGUUACUGAAUGGGAACCAUGCGGAUCCUACUGAUCGGCGACAGCGGGCACAGAUGAACGGGAGGCACGACGAAGACAUCAAUCACGCGCUCUCCGAGGCCACUGCCAACGGCACGUAAGGGCCCGUCGGCAUCUGCUUUUCACCGGGGGCUUUGUCCUUGGCGCUCGGAGGAGAAUCCUCGCGGGGGUCGAGAAAACCUGCCUGGUGUGGUGCCCCGGCCGCCUUUUUCUGAAUUAUGAAGCUGUCCGAGAUUCCAGCGAUCCAGCCAUUCACAUCAUGCAUCUUCCUGAACCGCUGUUGCGUUGCGUUGCGCAAGAAUCAGAAUCUCGUGGCGUUCCUCGGUACAGUUUGCACCAUACUUCAUUGCAAUGACAUUUAUCAGAAAGGCACGGUGGGGAAAUGAUCUUGUACAUACUGAUCCGCUAAAACAUGCGUGCAUUCGCCUC